ACUACUACAACGACCACAACCCUACCUAUAACUACCACAACUCCUACAACAACUACCACAACCCUUCCUCAAACUACAACUACUGCUUCAACAACGACCACAACCCUUCUUCCAACUACCACAACGACCACAACCCUACCUAUAACUACCACAACUCCUACAACAACUACCACAACCCUUCCUCAAACUACAACUACUGCUUCAACAACGACCACAACCCUUCCUACAACUACUACAACUCCUACAACAACAACCACAACCCUUCCUACAACUACAACAACUACCACAACCUUUCCUACAACUACCACAACUCCUACAGCAACAACCACAACCCUUCCUCCUUCUACCACUACAUCUUCAAUAAUGACCACAACCCUUCUUCCAACUACCACAACGACCACAACCCUUCCUCCUUCUACCACUACUCCAACAACAACGACCACAACCCUUCCUCCAUCUACCACAACUCCUACAACAACAACCACGACCCUUCCUCCAACUACCACAACUCCUACAACAACAACGACCACAACCCUUCCUACAACUACAACUACUACAACAACUACCACAACCCUUCCUACAACUACAACUACUACAACAACCACAAGUCUUUCUCCAACUACUCCUACAACAACUACCAUGACCCUUCCUUCAACUACUACAACAACAACCACAACCCUUCCUCCAACUACCACUACUUCAACGACUACAACUUCUACCCAAGCUACAACGACUUCAACUACUACAAAAGACCCAAACGAAGGUCUUGGAAAUAAUAAUUCCCCAAAAAUUGUUUUAUCGCACAAAGCUUCCUUAUUGUGCUUUCUGUUCCUUAUAUGCCUCUAUUGA